UGGCUUUAAGUUGAUGUAAUAUUCAGGUCCAUGUCCUGGGUGCCUGUGAGAGUGAGACGUCUUUCCGAUUCCCUCGCAAAGUAAGGUGAAUGUGAAGUGGAAUUAGGAAGGAAGGAAACACGGUGUUUCCUCACAUUGUGCAGUGUGGGAAGGGCCGGCCAUCGCCCGCUGACAGGCGUUUCCUCCCGGAACGGUCCACGGGGUGGAGACUGUUCUCCCGGCACAGCUGGUGUGAAGAGUGUGUCAGUGGGUCAGUGACUACUUCAACAUUCACACUGGCCUUCUUUUGUGGAUAAAACUAAACUAAAACAGAUUUACACCUGGAUUUAAACAAAGAGUGCCACUUUUAAUUCUUGAGUUUGUGAUUAAGGUGUAAUAUACACGCUGGAUGUUUUCACACGUAAAAAUGUGUUGCUCGAAUGUGUGUUAUCCAGUGGAAUUUGUCUAGCUGUUGCUAUGGCGACCAGUGCUGUGCCUAGCGACAACCUCCCCACCUAUAAGCUGGUCGUGGUGGGCGAUGGUGGUGUGGGAAAGAGCGCCCUCACCAUCCAGUUCUUCCAGAAAAUCUUUGUUCCAGACUACGACCCGACCAUCGAGGACUCGUACCUGAAGCACACUGAGAUUGAUGGCCAGUGGGCAAUUCUGGACGUACUGGACACAGCAGGCCAGGAGGAGUUCAGCGCCAUGCGUGAGCAGUACAUGAGGACUGGAGACGGCUUCCUCAUCGUGUUCUCCGUCACAGACAAGGCCAGCUUCGAGCAUGUGGACCGAUUUCACCAGCUCAUCCUCAGGGUGAAGGAUCGAGAAUCCUUUCCCAUGAUCCUCGUCGCUAAUAAAGUGGAUUUGGUUCAUUUGAGGAAGGUGACGAAUGAGCAGGGCUGUGAGAUGGCUGCCAAACACAAUAUCACUUACAUUGAGACGAGCGCUAAGGAUCCGCCAAUGAACGUGGACAAAGCCUUUCACGAGCUGGUCAGAGUAAUUAGACAACAAAUACCAGAGAGGAAUCUGAAGAAAAAGAAGAAGAUGAAAUGGCGAGGAGACCGAGCGGCCGCUUCUCCUAAACUCCGCUGUACGAUCCUGUGAGCGCCCGCUGUGAUUGGCAGAGACGCAAGAAAUAAAAAAGCAGCAAAGCCAAGGAGAAGCUGACAAGACGUCUUAAACGGUUGAGAAAGACGCAGCUGUUUUGCACACGCGCAGAGACGAGUGGAGAACCGUGCGGUCCUUCGGGCCUUUUCUUCACGUGAUUGUCACAAGCGUAAAGGGUGUUGGCUGCCUUCCAAGUGCUCAGUGGGAGUGGACGGUGUUUUUUGCCUUAUCGCUUUGCGUCUCUGUACUGAUACGAAGGGUUAAGAUGUAGCUCGGCCAAAGAAAAAGCCAGUCAUUAGCACUGAUGUUUGCUAAUGCUGUAUUGGGAAUAUGGGAUACCUCCUUAACAUGGCCUUUACUGUUAAGCACAAAAUGACUGCAAUGGACCUUUUUUUUUUUUUUUUUGCACUUUGAUAUUUGAUAUUGCACAAAUAUCACAUCAUGCGGUCAACGUAUAAAAGUCAUUAAAGCAUUUGCUGCCUUUGCUGAAGGCUUUGGUUGUAAACGGCUUAAAAAAAAGUAAUAUGGAUUAUGUUGCACUUAUGUAAGCUGCUCAGUUUUGUUAUAAUUCCUUUUUUUCUAUUUUCUCGUGGUAUUGAAGAUGCUUUUUUUUUAAUUCACUUUUAUCACAUUUAGGGUAAAACUUUACAUUAAUAGUACAUGAAUAAUCAUGCAUUAAUCAGACACCUGAAUGAACACUGACUUAAAUCUUGAACUAAUGAUGAAUUAGCUUUAACUGCGAUGUGAAUCUGAGCAAUUUGCAAAUUCGUAUAAAACGAGCACCUUGUUAGUACACGAUUCUUAGUUAAUGCAUUAAUUAAUACCUAAUAACUCAAUCAGACAAUCAUUCUUCAUUCUCUAUAAGAAAGAAUACCUGCAGAAUUCCAGAUUGUGUCAUCAUUUAUCAUAUUCAUCUGCGUACACAAACUAGAUUACUUUCAUAAUACAUAUUGAAUGUAGGCGCUGAGAGUAAUAAUAAACGCUAAUAAUGCUCUGAUUGGCUCAGGCCCAGGAUCUGCUCCUUUACCCACAAUACUGACAUUUACACAAUUACAUUUAUUCAUUAUCUACUGAUAUUUUAAAGCAGAGUUCUAUAAGAUUAUAGAGAUUACAUUAACUGACAAUCGUGUACUAAUAUGUACUACAUGUGAUUUUUUUUUAUUUAUCAGACUCAUUUAUUUCUCCUUUGCCAAUAUAAUCAGUUCCACUCUCCUCUUCUGGGAAGUUUUUCCCACUAGAUGUUGGAUUGUAGCUGUGGGGAUUAGUGAUUGGACACCCAUUAGUGAGACCAGACUCUCAUUAGUGAGAUCAGACUCUUAUUAGUGAAAUCAGACUCUCAUUGGUGAGAUCAGACUCUCAUUGUUGAGAUCAGACACUCGUUAGUGAGAUCAGACUCUCAUUGGUGAGAUCAGAUGUGCUUUAGUGAGAUCAUACUCUCAUUAGUGAGAUCGGACACUCGUUAGUGAGAUCAGACUCUCACUGGUGAGAUCAGAUGCUCUUUAGUGAGAUCGGACACUCAUUAGUGCAGUCAGACUCUCAUUGGUGAGAUCACAUGUUGGGUGAAGAGGUCAUUAAUUCAUGAUUAACUCAUCUUUAGUUCAUAUUUAAGUGAAUAUGAAUUCAGGUGUGUGAUUAGUGCAUGAUCUUCUGCUAUUGCUUUUAGUCUCACUAACAACUUUCAGUCUCUGUGAGGCACUUUUUUUGCUUUUUCCAUUUUUAUUAUCAGACCAGCUUCAGUAUGUUAGGAAACGUUUGUUUUUAUUGCCAUGCUUUUCUUUAACAGUGUUAAGUUAAAAUGACUUUUAGUCCAAAUAAGUCGUGUGGUCUGAGAUGGAGGUUGGUGACCCUGAAGAUUGUUGUUUCAUAUCUCCCAACUGCCACAGAGCAACCGGGUUUGAUUUUUACUUCAGUCAGCUUGAUCAAAGCAUCAGGUGACGCUGCUGUAAUCCUGCCACACUACUCCUCUGAAUCCGGGACCUGAUACUGUAGGUGCACAAAUAUGAAGAAAUACAGAACAUGGGAUCAAAUCAUAUACUGAAAGUUUUUUUUUUUUGUGCAUUUUUUGGCUCAUUACAUAUGCUAUAAUGGCUAAAAAGCAGGAAGUUGAUAUUCAACACACAUUUGAGAUUGUAGCAGGUCUAAGUGAUGGAUUAAAACAUCAUCUCAGAGUGAAACUACAUGUCCUUCAGUUUACCCAUCAAGAGCAGUGUUUAGGAAAACCUUGUACUAAGGAGUCCCUCAAAGGGAAACUCUUUUUACUUUCCAGAGCGUCAAAAAUCGAUGGACUUUUUAUGUGUUUUCCCAGAAGGACAAAUCUGCGAAGAUGUAAGAGUUCUCCUGAUGUCACCUUGGUUUAAAGAGUGUAUUGUCUUUGAUGCAUGGGGUGAGGCACCGAUCCCUGAGGGAUCCCAACGUCUCCAUGCCUUAGACUUUUAAGUUUAUAACAAAUGGCCAGGUGUUUACAUUUAGUGUUUAUUACGGGAUAGUGAAGUGAAAAUACAGAUCACACACAAGCGUAUGAUGUGAUUACGUAUUUGCGGGCACACGAUCUGUGUAUGUUUUCAUUGUUGUGAAUAUGUGAAGGUUAAAUUGUGACAUUACUUGUAGUGUUGUCGAAAGAACUGAGAAUCUUUAGGUGUACAAAUAAAUUCGAUUGCUCCCAGCGUU